AUGGGAAAAUGGUGCGUUUCGUCGCUUUCUUAUCAUGCCACUGUUGUCUCUACCCACUUGGACCCCGCUGACCCCCAUCAACCCUCCAGGACGCCCAACUAUGUCGAAGACAUUUUACAUUCAAAAAUAUCCAGCAUGGUCUCUGGAGCCAUCCGCCGAGCAUCUGUCGAGAAGGAGCCUUCAAUUACAUAUGAGAAUUUCGUCCAUGAAUUGGACGCCGGAGACUCCUUCACAACGUCAAUCAUCGAUGUCCUUGUCAAAGAAAUCGCUGAUAGACACACGCGUCCCUUCAGCGAUCGCAAGUUCCUGUCGGAGCGCACCAUUACUACUCUACGCCAACUAUCUAGACAUGCCCGAAGCUACCCAAGUCGUAUUCCCGGACGCAGCCAUAGUCGUAGAGGGAUCAACCUUGCCGAAUACUUCACCGCCUCUCCAAAUGAAUUGGAUAUGGAAGACGACGACGACGAUUUUGUAGAAACCAUGCCUCUACCAGGGGGCUCAGAUCCCGAAUCUGCUAGGCUGAAUCCAAUGCAUGCAGAGUUCCAUGCAAAUGUUUGGCCUCCUGCGUCUACUCGUAGGAUUACAGCAAGCCCUUCUCCUGUUUCCGACGAGUGGCCCCUCCCCCCGAAUCCAUGGGCUGCCACUGGUUCCAGUUCUUCAACAGUGGCACCCGCAACUGCCCUCACUCGACAACCGUCCAUCCGCCGCUCGCCACCCAGGACAAGACUGGUUGAUUUCAACGAUUACACCACCCGUCGCCGCCUGGCGACCAGGAAUGCACUGGUCUCCCGUCUUGAUGUUACGGAGACUGUUACUGAGCCCAGAGAAGGAUCAUCAUCGCAGACACUCCGUCGGUUCUUUCCUUUCCCCCGCUCUCGCCGUCACCAGCCGUCCACAAACCCGGCGUGGUCCGAACUUUCUGACUCUUUGAGCCCGGACUCAGAUGAGCCCAUGCAUUACUUUGUUGAGCCUCCAAAUGUCGCCACCUGGUAUGACUAUGACCCUCCCGAGCCCCGACUUUCCCCAGAGGUUGAGAGCCGUGAAGAGACAGAGAAUUUACUCAGGGCACCCAGGCUGCGCCGUGGUGGCAUUCGCCCGCCGGAAUCCAUGCUAUCCCGCCAUGCGUCACCCGUCAUCAUUGCUACCCCUCCUCCUCCGACUGCCCCUGCUGAGAGUACAACCCCGGCACCUGCCCCAACUCUCCAAAACACCGAAAGCUCUUCAAUACCUGUACCCGAGGAGCCAAUCGCUUAUCCUACUCCAGGAUCCUCAGAAAACGAGAAUGCUGCUUAG